CACAAGCCACCGCGCGAAGUGUCCAGUCAUCGUGGAGGCAAAAAAACAAGAAGCUGGAAAAACAUCAAAAUAGAUUAAAACAGAGUAAAGCAGUGAACCAGUGAAACCAGUCAGGGUUGAUCAGUGAAACCAGUGAAACCAGCAGCAGGAUGAAGGAGGCAGCGGUGAAGAGGCGCGCUGAUAAAGCAGCUAAAGAAGCUAAAGAGAAGAAGGAGCCGCAGGACGUAGAGAUGCCGGAGGAGGAGGCAGCUAGCCCGGCUAGAGCUCAGGACAGCCUCACGCUGGACGACAUUAAGGAGCAUGUGAAGCAGAUUGAGAAGGCAGUAUCGGGGAAGGAGCCUCGCUUCGUGCUUCGGGCUCUGAGAGCUUUACCUUCCACCAGCCGGCGGCUCAACACCAACGUUCUGCACAAAGCCGUCAACGGGUUCUUCACCAACAACACCAACACCAGAGACUUCCUGCUGGGCUUCCUGGACGAGCCGAUGGAGAUGGCGGAGGGAGACGUGCAGUUCCGUCCUCGUAUCGGUAAAUCAGCGUCUGCUCCUCUGCUGCCGGAGGUGGAAGCUUAUCUACAGCUGCUGCUGGUGGUUCACCUGACCAAUAACAAGAGAUACACUGAGGCUCAGAAAGUGUCGGACGACCUGCUGCAGAAGAUCGGAUCAAAGAACCGCAGAGCUCUGGACCUCGUAGCUGCUAAAUGUUACUAUUACCAUGCUAGAGUGUACGAGUUCCUGAAGCAGUCUGACACCAUCCGCAGCUUCCUGCACACCCGGCUGCGUACAGCGACUCUUCGCCAUGACGCAGACGGCCAGGCCGUGCUGCUCAACCUGCUGCUGAGGAAUUACCUGAACUUCAACCUUUACGACCAGGCCGAGAAACUCGUCUCCAAGUCUGUGUUCCCUGAGCUGGCCAACAACAACGAGUGGGCCCGGUACCUGUACUACACAGGUCGUAUUAAGGCGAUCCAGCUGGAAUAUACUGAGGCUCGAAGGACUCUGACCAACGCUCUGAGGAAAGCUCCUCAACACACUGCUGUUGGCUUCAAGCAGACGGUUCAUAAGCUGCUGAUCGUGGUGGAGCUGCUGCUCGGAGAGAUUCCUGACAGACUGCAAUUCAGACAGCCGUCACUUAAAAGAUCUCUGAUGCCCUACUUCCUGCUCACACAGGCGGUGAGAACAGGUAACCUGGCUAAGUUCAACCAGGCGUUGGAGCAGUUUGGGGAGAAGUUUCAGACUGACGGGACGUACACACUCAUCAUCCGCCUGAGACACAACGUCAUCAAGACCGGUGUGAGGAUGAUCAGCCUGUCCUACUCUCGUAUCUCUCUGGCUGACAUCGCUCAGAAGCUGCAGCUCGACAGUCCCGAGGACGCAGAGUUCAUCGUCGCCAAGGCGAUCCGUGACGGUGUGAUCGAGGCCAGCAUCAACCAUGAGAAAGGCUUCGUCCAAUCAAAGGAGACCAUGGACAUCUACGGGACCAGAGAGCCUCAGCUGGCGUUUCACCAGAGGAUCUCCUUCUGCCUGGACAUCCACAACAUGUCUGUGAAGGCGAUGAGGUUUCCUCCUAAAGCUUAUAACAAAGACCUGGAGUCAGCAGAGGAGCGCAGGGAGCGGGAGCAGCAGGAUCUGGAGUUCGCUAAAGAAAUGGCCGAAGACGAUGACGACAGCUUCCCAUGAUCCUCUCUGUUCGGACAGGAAUUGUGUUCGUUAUUGAUCGGUUAUUACCCACAAUGCCCCUGUUCCCCCUCUCUUCUUCUUCUCGUCUUUAUCUGAUGUAUACGCCUGCUGUGACCUUUGACCUGUAUUCCGAAACCAAUAAAAAAGUGUUUGUUUA